AUGAUAGCGAUGCGCGAGCUCGUCGUCAGAGUGCCCCUGAUAUCAGCUACAAAGAAAGGUCCUGUUGUGAAUCUUGUAUCAUGGGUAUCGUUGGCGACUUUGUGUCUGGCGGUUAUCACCGUCCUCCUCAGUAAGUUGGUGGUACUGCGUCGACUGAUGUGGACGGAUAGUAUCAUUGCCACGGCCAUGCUGUUUGCCAUAGGCUUCACAAUUGCGAUCAACAAUCAGGUCAGCCGUGGACUCGGCUCGCAGCUCUCCACCGUCCGUUCGGAAGACUACGAAGGUUUUCAAAAGGCCGGCUAUGCUUGGAAUAUGCUUUACAUUAUAACAAUGUCCUUUGGGAAACUCUCGACACUAUCGCUUCUCCUUGCGCUGGCUCCCAAUAAAUCAUACCACCGCAUCCCGAUGCUUGCCCUUGUCGGCUUCAUUGGAUUAUGGACCGUCGCCACACUCUUUGCCAGUGCCUUCCAAUGCGCCUUGCCACAUCCAUAUCUGAUCACCACAGAAACAUGCUUCAACCAGACGGGCUUCUGGGAUACGAUUGGUAUUGUCAACAUCCUCACCGACAUCGCAAUAAUGGCCAUGCCGAUCCUUCUCGUGUACGGUCUUCAUCUCUCAUCGAAAAAGAAAGUCGCAGUCUGCUUCGCAUUUUCGUUUCGGCUGGGCGCCGUCGCAUGUACCAUCUGGCGCCUGACGGAGAUUCACCGCUUCUUCGACCGCGGCACUGACAUCACGUUCAACAGCUGGCUGCCCACGAUAGCCACCAUUCUCGAACUGUUCUUCAGUGUGUUUUCGGCCUGCGUGCCGCAUCUACGUCCGUUCAUGGACUCGAUUCAGGCCGGCUACCUCUCGGGCGUGGCUUCCGAGGACGGACGCUUCGGUUAUGGCAACGACAGCUACCUCAUGGGCAAGACGGCACGAAGCAAGGUCGCCGUCGCUUCCGGCGUGCGGAGCCAUGCCUUUAAAAGUGAUGAUCGAAGCGAGAGUCUCGACCUCCCGCGUCAAGGGAUCCGAGCAGAAAAUACCUCAGAUCACAGUAUUGGUCGUGCCUUGACUAGCAGCAAUCGCGUGGUCAUACAGAGUGGAAGAGGUAGCAAGGCACAGAAGAUUCCAUCGUUGUCAGAUUCACACCCCAAGCGAAGGAGCAAUAGUGUCACUUCGAACGGGGGAAGGAGUGAUGGCAGCGACGGAAGUAAAGCGAUGAUUAUCAAAACGACGAAAGAGUGGAGUGUAUCGUAUCAAGAUGUUUAG